CCUAUGGCACAACUACAUCCAUUGCCGCAAAGAAAACACCUUCGUCGCUUUCAGCUACCGUGUUGUGUGUGGCGUCAAGAACACCUUUUGUAUCGACUUGCCGUACAGCUGAAUACAUGUUGACCUAAUAUACUACACCUUGGAAUUUUCCAUUCGUCCCUGUUUAUCUUUCACGGCCUGCUGUUUCAUGUGUCCUUUAUUGAACUGUCUUGUCCAGAGCAACCAAGAUGGCGUAAUGAUCAGAACAUCUGUCAUGAAACAUCGCGAGAAUUGCUAAAUCUCCACGUCCUCCACUUGACUGGGAUGGCCCAUAACUUGAAUAGGGUUGCCUUAGUUUCAUUACAUCCGGGUCCUUCUCGUUUCAUCUUCAACCGGGCCCUGGUUUCGUGUAUCCUCCGCUAGUGGGUUGAGAGGGGGGCGUUUGUUCGCUCCCCCGCAACUGGUGGCAGGUAGAUGUCUGGACCCGGGGUCCCCGCGACGGCAGGAGCCGGAGGAACGAGGAGUGGAGCUGCGGUGGCGGAGUGGGGAGCCUUCGAGGACAAUAUACAGGGUGGGGGCUCUGCUGUAAUUGAUAUGGAAAACAUGGAUGAUACAUCUGGGUCCAGCUUUGAAGACAUGGGUGAGAUACACCAACGCAUGAAGGAAGAGGAAGAGGUAGAUGCAGAGGCAGCAGCUGCAGAUGAAGAAGAUGGCGAGUUCUUGGGAAUGAAGGGCUUUAAGGGACAGUUGGGUCGGCAAGUAGCUGAUCAGAUGUGGCAAGCAGGAAAAAGACAAGCCUCAAAGGCUUUCAAUCUCUAUGCCAACAUUGAUAUCCUCAGGCCCUACUUUGAUGUUGAGCCAAACCAAGUUCGAAACAGGUUGUUGGAGUCUAUGAUACCUGUGAAGAUGAUUAAUUUUCCCCAGAAGAUAGCUGGUGAACUUUAUGGUCCCCUCAUGCUGGUCUUCACACUAGUGGCCAUCUUGCUGCAUGGAAUGAAGACAUCCGAUACUAUCAUUAGGGAAGGCACAUUGAUGGGUACUGCAAUUGGCACCUGCUUUGGUUACUGGAUAGGCGUCUCCUCCUUCAUCUACUUCCUGGCAUACUUGUGUAAUGCUCAGAUCACUAUGGUCCAAAUGUUGUCACUUUUGGGCUACGGACUUUUUGGCCACUGCAUCACCCUCUUUGUCACCUACAACAUUCACUUUCACUCCCUUUUUUAUAUCUUCUGGGUGGUGAUUGGCGGCCUCUCCACACUACGAAUGGUUGCUGUGUUGGUGUCACGCACAGUGGGGCAUACCCAGCGACUCAUCUUGUGUGGAGUGCUUGCUGCCCUGCAUAUGCUCUUCCUCCUUUAUCUGCACUUUGCUUACCAUAAGGUUGUAGAAGGCAUCCUGGACACGCUGGAUGGACCCAACAUCCCUCCCUUUCAGAGAGUUGCCAGAGACAUUCCAGUUGUUUCCUCUGCAGUAUUGAACAUAACUACCAAAGUGGUUGCACUGACCUCAUAGCCUUAUAGACUCUGGUGGGCUCUCCCUGCUUCUACAUAGGUCAUAUACUCUGCUGCUGUAACCAGGGAAAAGGGACAAAGUAAUAGGAGCAGGACCUGGUUUGAUCUGCAGAUCUCCUCUUGGAAGCUGAGAGCAGCGGAUGAGAAAAAAACUGCAUUUGUCCAGUUUUGGCCAAAUUGUGCUGGGCAGAUCUAUUCUGGCCCAUGCACAUUUAGUGCCGAUUGCAUAGCUCAUUCACUCUCCUCCAUACACCCUAUGUGUUUGCUCUCGUAUCUUUAGCCUAUGUGUACUUGUAAUCCUCUUCUUUUCUGGGGGAAGAAUUAAAUUAAAUGGAUGUUUGUUCUGAGCAAUCUCUUCCAUUGGCCCUCAUCAUAAAUUGAGAAGAGCAGACCAGAUAGAUCUGUGCUGGCUGUUCUUCUAUGUCCUAGAACCCAAGCAAAACUGGUUGUAAACUCCUUUGCCCAAGGUGCUUCCCCUCAGGUGAGCAACAUCUGACUUUGGUUGAUGCAAAGAAUGGCAGAUUAAUUUUUUUUUGCUAUUUCAUGAGAAUGUUUCCAAAUUCUGCAGAGUUCAGUUGUCCAUAAUAUUUAUUUUAAAUCUGCCUCUAUGUGGUAUACUCUACAAAAUAUUUAAAUAUUGAGGCAGGCAUUCUUUGGUUAGUGUAAUUCCCUUUUUAUUGCAUGACAGUCUAGGAUUCAGUUUGGCCUGCUUUUACCUUCCUGGGCUUGAACUGCAUGGUUUGAGUGCAGUGGAGGGAAGCAUUCCUACUCAACUAUUACCUCUAAGCUUAUUGCACCAUGCAUUUGUGUUUGAAGCAGGCUUAGCUCACCACUUUGAAGUUCCUAUCUAAAAUGAGUAGAUUUAAACUGUAGUUUGGACUAUUACUGACAGUUUGCAAAUGUCUGCUCUUGCUGUGGCUGUCAGAUCUCUCCUUUUUAUGUAAAAUAUAGCCAGCUUCUUUUUGGCUGGACACUUCUGGUGUACACUUCCUCUGAAUUGAUGAUUAUUGGUCUGUGACCUUCAUAAAUAAAAGUUGAUGCAAAGAGGAUAAGAAUACAAAUUUGCAUAA